AUGUCAAAAGCUAGACAACAUUGGAGUCGUCGCGCUAACCCGUCAUUCUAUAUGAUUACAAAUGAAGAAGUUGGCGAUAACCACAGAGAUUCAUCAAAAAUAGAACAUGACAGAAGUCUUGGGGAUUUAAUAAAUUUAUCUGAGCAAAUUGACAAUGGUGGGAACAAAAAUAUUUGCGAACAAAGUUCUGAACCUCAUUUAUCAAAAUCCGAUGAAUUAAUCAAAUCUGAAUCAAGAAGUAGUAUUGACCAAUCAAAACCAUCCAAAUAUAUCCCACAUUCCCACACGACUACAACAAUAGCCAAUCAAAAUGAAGGAAUGGAAUCUGAACAAUUAACUUAUCCAAAACAUUCACUAUCAUCUAAUCAAAUAAACUAUAGUAGUAAUAAGCAUAAAAAUGAUGAUGAUAUUAACAACAAUAAUACUCCUACUAAUUCUCCCUUAAUUAAUACUUCACAGGAAUUAUUCACUUAUGUUAGUAAUAAUGAACAUUGCAAUGUAAAUAAAUCAGAUCAGGAUAAUAGUGGCUGUAUAAACUGUGAUAGUAAUCAGGAAAUUCAGCCGCCACAAACAAGGUGGAAUAAUUCACGUAAUUUUCUUACACAUACACCUAACAGAGUCCAUUUCACCUUUUCAAAAAGUAUUGAUGUUGAUGAUGAUAAUCAUAUAUCGUUACGGGGAUUAUUUAAUAAAACAUUUCGUCCAAAUUUACGACGAGCAAUAUCCGAGGUAAAAGAUGUAUAUAACCCAGACAAUACAGAAGGUUCACUAACUGAAAAGCAUUUACAACAGCAACAACAAAAUCAUUCACAUCGGAUUCAAAAUAAAUUACAUCGUCAUCUUCAACAGCAGUUUCAGCAUAAAAAAUUAAUAUCCCAUCCGGCAUCACGCAGUCACCAGCAUUCUGCUCAACCCUUAAAUUAUCGUACUGCUACCAGCCAACCAUAUCUACAACCUUACAGAAUAAAUGAAUUCACAAAUACAUUUGAACAAGUGUACAAUACUCCACAACAAUUUGAUAGUAGUAUAUUAGAGAUUCCGGUAGAUAUAUAUGGUGAAAGUAUGUCAGAUGAUGCAUUUUCAAGAAAAAAUUGGCCUUCUUGUGAUUUUAGUCAAAUAGAUUCUGAACAUUCAAUACAUUCAAGCAGAUUACAUGAAAUGACGUCUAGUGACACUUUUAAAGAAAGAGACUUACUUUUGAAUAAAAAUAUAACAAAUAAUAAUGAAACAAAUAUUGUAGUACAAUCUUUGCCUAAAAGAUCUAAUCGUUUGAAUGCAGUUAGACGAAUGAACACAACUGCAGUGGAACAGCAUCACCCGUUCAGUAAUAAUGAACGAUUUAAUUUUAGAAAGCAGACUAAACAACAACCGAGUGGCUCAAAAAAUGAAAACUAUCCAUGUAUUAAUAAAAAAUAUACACAUGGAACAUUAAGUCAGGAUAAUAUCAAUUCGUCUGCACAUAAACUUUUAGAUUCUUCUUCUAUAGAAUUGGGAUCGGAUUCUAUGCAAUCACGUCCGGUGCCAGCAACGACUCUUUAUCGUUCUUCUUCAAGUGGCACACGUAAUCCUGAAUGCAUAAAUGAUAUUGGCGUUGAACAAACGCUUAUUAAUACAGGAGUAGGUGCUUCUAACUCUCUUAUAACAUUAGCUGAUAAGAGUACUUUUACAUCGAGUAUUAAUACUUCUACAAUGAUAAUUCUACAAAACAAUACAACAUCCACAACACCGACAACAACAGUUAUUACCGCUUUAGCUAAUGGCAAUGUAAAUGAGUCAACUGUAGAUCCAUUAAAACAAAGUACAUCAAGUUAUUUAAAAGAACAAUUUCAAGCUUUUUUUCAACCAUCCGAUAAUAAAUUAGCUAUGAAAUUAUUUGGAAGUAAAAAUGCACUACUUAAAGAGAAACGACGUCAAGUACAACAGGGAAAAUGGGUAAUACAUCCUUGUAGUAAUUUCAGGUUUUAUUGGGAUUUACUAAUGCUCAUGUUACUGAUUGCAAAUUUGAUUAUUUUGCCAGUAGCCAUAUCAUUUUUCAACGACGAUCUCAGUAUACAUUGGAUUAUAUUUAAUUCUAUAUCCGAUGUUGUAUUUAUUGCCGAUAUAGCGGUAAAAUUUCGAACUGGUAUUGUCACAAAUGAUUAUGCUGAUGAAAUUAUUUUAAAUCCUAGAGAAAUAGCACGUCAUUAUUUAAAAUCAUGGUUUGUAUUAGAUUUUAUCAGUUCAAUUCCAAUGGAUUAUUUGUAUUUAAUAUUUAAUAAAAAAGACCAUUAUAAUCAAUUUUUCAGUGCUGGGCGUACAUUGAGAAUUCUACGUUUGGCUAAAUUACUAAGCAUGUUACGCUUAUUAAGACUUACUCGUUUAGUACGAUAUGUCAGUCAAUGGGAAGAAUUUUUAAAUAUUGCAAGCAAAUUUAUGGGAAUAUUCAAUUUAGUUUUAUUAAUGUUAUUACUUGGACAUUGGAAUGCAUGUUUACAAUAUUUAAUUCCAAUGCUUAUGGAUUUUCCUCCAGAUUCAUGGGUGAAACGUUGUAAAUUAGAAAAUGCAGACUGGUUCCAACAGUAUACAUGGGCAUUGUUCAAAGCUAUGUCGCAUAUGCUUUCCAUUGGUUAUGGUCGUUUUCCACCUACAAGUAUUGGUGAAGCAUGGAUAACAAUUGUUAGCAUGAUGAGUGGUGCAACUUGUUAUGCAUUAUUUGUUGGUCAUGCUGCAGCGCUAAUUCAGUCAUUCGAUACGUCUAAAAGGCUUUAUAGGGAGAAGUUUAAACAAGUUGAAGAAUAUAUGGCUUAUCGUAAACUUCCAAGAGCAUUACGUCAAAGAAUAGCAAAUUAUUAUGAACAUCGAUAUCAGGGAAAAAUGUUUGAUGAAGCACAAAUAUUGAAUGAGUUUUCUGAAUGUCUUAGAGAACAAGUUAUCAAUUAUAACUGUCGUGCCUUAGUUGCAGCUGUUCCAUUUUUUACAUAUGCUGACCAAGAUUUUGUCUCAGAAGUUGUUACAAAAUUAAAAUUUGAGGUAUUUCAACCUGGUGAUCUAAUAAUUAAAGAAGGAACAAUCGGUAAUAAAAUGUAUUUUAUUCAAGAAGGCAUUGUUGAUAUUAUAACCAAAGAUGGUGAAGUUGCAACAAGUCUUUCAGAUGGAUCAUAUUUUGGAGAAAUUACAUUAUUAACUAAUACACGCCGUACAGCCAGUGUUAAAGCUGUAGUUUAUUCCAAUCUGUAUUCAUUGGAUCGAGAAAGUUUUCUAUCAGUAUUAGAAAAUUAUCCAUUAAUGCGACGUACUAUGGAAUCAGUAGCAGCUGAACGAUUAAAUAAAAUUGGUCAAAAUCCGUCGAUUGUUAGUAAUCGUGAAGAUUUAAAAGAAGAUUUAAGUUUAGUUAAAGAAAUUGUCAGUUCAGCUGUUACACCAGAAGAUAGUUCUAGUGGACCUGAAACAGAAAAUGAAGAAAAUCAAGCUCAUUUAAAUUUAAAACAAUUAUUAAAAUUUCGUAAACGUAAACCAUCUAAUCGUAAUAAAUUAUUUGAUAACACUGUAACAAAGUUAGGUCAAACAAAUGAAGAAGAUGAAACAUUACAAGAUAUUGAACGUAAAUCUUCAUUUGUUGAAAUUACAUCUGUAGAUAAAUUGAAAUUACCUAAAUUUAUGCGACAAAAACGUAGUUCAUCAAAUGUUUUUACAACUUUAACACAAAACAUACCAAAUUUAUCAAAAUCUAAAAUUAUACCGGACAAUUCCAAUGAACGUGAAAUUAAUAGAUGCAAAAAGUCAGAUUUACAACCAUCAGAAAAAGAUAUAAGUCCAUGUAAUAGUUCAAAUACAAAUGUAACAAAUUUAAAGUCUAGUGAUAUAAAUCCCAACUGUACUACUAUCACUAUAACUAAUUAUAAUACUGAUGAUACUGAUAAUAAUAGUAAUAAUAAAAUUAUCAAUAGUAAUACAGAUAUUAAUCAAAGACUAUCUUCAAGUGAUAUUUCAGAUGUAGAUUCUUGUAAGCACUAA